CUGUUUCGAUUACUUCUCAGUGACAGAUGGUGUAUGGAAUGAGUGCGAUUGUAUAUAUUUAACUGUGAUAAGUUGUGCUCUGUGUAGAACACAUAAUAAGGAGAUUAAAAAAUUCUUCAAAAUGGCUAUGCGAAACUUGACAGAACCUUUUAUUUUAAUGCGAAACAAUGCUUUGCAAAGCAAGCAUAUAUAUGCCGAACAAAACCUGUCCGAUCGAAUGGCACUAGUAGGUCCAGAUUCUGGCACUUCUGAUAAUGUUGAACUAAAAAAUAUCAAUUUAGAAAGUAAUGCACCACCUGUUUGGACGGAUGCUUUGGAAGAGACACAGUAUAUUUUAAGUAGAUUACGUGUUAAAAUAGAUACCUUGGUAGAAUUACAAUCCAAACAAUUAACUAGACCGACCCUAGAUGAUACCUCACAGGAGGAAAGACAAACGGAACAAUUGACACGAGAAAUAGGACGUGCAUUUUCUAAUGGUUAUCAUCAAGUCCAAACUAUAAAAAGUGAAGCAAAGCAUGCUGCUAAUCCCACAGAACGUCGGUUAGCCAUAAGUGCAGUAACAGCUCUUUCAAUAGCUUUACAAGAGUUGGGUGUUAGAUACAGAUCAGCUCAGAAUUAUUACUUAACACAGGUGAAAUCAAGAGAAGAGAGGAGUAACCAAUUUUUUACCGAAGAUCAGUCGAUAUUUUUAAACAACACUGCAGGAGACACAUGGUUAAUGGAAUCUAACGAAACAAGUGCAGAUUUGUGGCAUGAAAACGAACAGAAGCAAAGUUCUGUACUUUUACAGUUAGAAGAACCAGAAGAUAGAAUGAAAUUAGCUUUGGAAAGAGAAGAAAAAAUUGGCAACAUAGUUCAAAGUAUAGCAGACCUCAGAUAUAUAUUCAAAGAUUUAGCGAGUAUGGUGCAGGAUCAAGGCACUAUUUUGGAUAGAAUUGAUUAUAAUAUCGAACAGACCCAAAUCCAAGUACAAGAAGGUUAUAAACAAUUAAAAAAGGCAGAUUCUUACCAAAGAGCUAAUAAGAAAUUAUAUUGUAUAGUCGUGCUUGCGGGAGCUAUUAUUGUAAUUAGUUUCUUUUUCGUCGUAUUUAAAACAUGAAGCACAACUUGCAUACGAAUUUCGUGGAUACACCUUAAUGUACAAUUAAUUGUGAUUUAUUAACUUUUCUUGAAAGGAAAAAAAGAAGUAUUUAUUGUAUAUAUGUUUUAAUGCAAGAAAUAAUAUUUUUUAGCAUAAUUUGUAAAAGUUAUAAGACGCAAGUUGAACGAAAGAAAAGUGAAUGAAAUAUUUAAUUGGAACGGAUAAGUUCGAUCAAUACGUAUAGUGGAUAAAGAGUGUUACUUUUCAUAUAAAGUUUUAAAACAUUGACUUGAUAAUUUUAAAUUGUAAACAAUUCAAAGUUUCUUCUUGUUUCUAUACUGAAAUCAUUCCAGUACUAAUCGCGGUGCUGUUUUGUUUGAGUGUUGUUAUGUACGUGACCACAACCAGUUACAUAUGUGUUUAGGUGUAUUUUACAUGUAAAUUAAUUAACUAUAACAUAUAUUUACUUAAAAAGUUUUCUUUUUCAAUGAAUUUGGAUUUGAAGGUGAAAGAAAAUGGAAUGUGUUCAAAUAAAACAUAUUACGCGACUA